CUGCAAGAGGAACUGGGCCUACAGCUGUCUGAAAGGGACGUGCGAGAACUUUUGCGACUGAGUCUGUACGACGUGGACGAUGUGGAUAUGCCACAGACAGCAGAUGACCAUUUGCUCCAGACUUUAGCGCAACGGGGACUGAUGGGGCUGAUCUCCUGA